AUGGCACGCAUGUUGCGAGUUGCGAACCUGUUAAUAUGGCUGGCCGGCAUCAUUUCCUUACCUCAUGCAACGGCGGAUAAUAACAAUGAUACAUCUGGAAUCAGUGCGGCUGCACCGGCAGUCGCCACUGCGAAUACGACAGAUGCCUCCUUCAUACAAUCUGGCUUUGUACCAGCCGGCACACGCUCUUCGACAUGUGUGAGCGGGACAGUGAAUUAUAUCACCCAUACCUUGCCACAGCAAUGCCUUCCGACUGAUCGAUCAUCUGCUACCACGAAUGUAUCCCUUCAAGCAGCCAACACCACAGGACUGGCAGCUGGCUUGCCUGUGACAAUACCGUCCGUUAAUGGUAGCUGGAUUACUGAGAGGGACCAGCAGGCCACCCGUCUAAGCGAGGAAGGCUCGGCCGAGCCCACUGCGACAGUCUCAGCACCUACAUCGUCAACACUAUCGAGUGCCGAAAGCAGUCGCAGCAGUUCACCUGCUAUAGAGGAAGGAAGUUCUGAUGAAAUCGAUUCACUCCUCGACUCUGUCAGCUUCCUAUCCUUUGAGGACUGGAAGAAGCAGAACCUUGCGAGGACUGGACAAUCUCCAGAGAACGUAGGGAAGGAGAGGCAGUCUACCGGACAGCAAACCAGGCCAGGUAAUGAUCUCGACACACUUGGCGAAGAGAGUGAGAUCGAUCUGGAUUUCUCCGGCUUCGGGACUGGCGGCUCAGCGAAGCAAGAGCAUGACAGCAGCAGGACGAUUUCAGAGUCUACAAAAGACAGCUCCUUAACAGAUUCGCCGAAUGAUCCAACUCCUGCAACUUUACGAUCCAGAGAUGCAGGCAAGACGUGUAAAGAGCGCACCAAUUACGCCUCCUUUGACUGUGCUGCCAACAUACUCAAGAACAACAAAGAGUGCAAGCAUGCGUCUUCCAUAUUGGUAGAGAACAAGGACAGCUAUAUGCUGAAUAAGUGCUCGGCCAACAACAAAUUUCUCAUCGUCGAACUCUGUAACGAUAUCCACAUCGACACCAUUGUGCUUGCCAACUACGAGUUCUUCUCGAGCAGUUUCCGCCACUUCCGGAUCUCUGUGUCAGACCGCUACCCUGUCAAAGAGGAGAAGUGGAAGCAACUUGGGACUUUCGAGGCGCGCAACACGCGCGAGGUGCAAGCCUUCUUGGUCGAGGAGCCACAGAUAUGGGCGCGAUAUCUUCGGAUCGAGUUUCUGACCCACUAUGGCAGCGAGUACUACUGUCCAAUCAGCCUGCUUCGAGUGCACGGUAAGACCAUGAUGCAGGAAUUUAGACAAGAAGAGGAGAUGGCUCGUGGAGAACUUUCGGACGACGAUACAUCUUUCGAGACUGUGCGCAGCGAAAUCUUGGAACUUCCUGUUUCAAUACCAAGUGAGGAAGCGAUCACGGCUAGAAGUGUGCUCGAGAACAAGACUCUGGACGUGGGAACCAUGAUCUCCCCGCCUGAUAUAACCGUGGUAGCAAACGAGCACAAUGCAACCUCUCAGGGAGAGCACACUCCGACUACGAAAACGGUGCUGGAUGAUAUCAUCGCUGCGACUGACAGUGUUACGUGCGCAGCCUCAAUGACCCUGGAUAGCAUCGUGCCUACCAUUGAGCAGCAUGUUGUUAGCGAAGACACCAGCGUAGCAGCUCUAGCUGAGAGUAGUACCACCGUGCCCGCUGUCCCGACUACAUACGCGCAAGUCUCCAAUACAUCCAGCUCCGUUAUAACGACGCAGACGUCGUCCACUAUCGACAAAGCAAUCGCCCCCAAUGAUUUCUCCUCACAGACGGCGCUUAACGAGAGCAUUCCUACCGUCUUGCCUCCUCGUGCCGAUGUCUCCGCCAGUGCCUCCACCGAUACCAGCGCAUCUAGCCAAACAGAUGUAACCAUCUCUAGCACUCUGGCGGCUGCUUCAGGUGAUGGUAAUAAUACAACCACGAACAGCACACGCAGUGUAGCAUCCAGCACUUCCGCUACCUCUCAGGCACCAGCACAACCAUCUUCACAAGAAUCAUUCUUCAAGUCCAUUUCCAAGCGACUACAACAGCUCGAGAGCAACAGCACCCUCAGCCUGCAGUACAUCGAAGAGCAGUCCCGCAUCCUCCGCGAAGCCUUUAACAAAGUCGAGAAGCGCCAGGUCACAGCCACGUCGACUUUCCUCACCACUCUGAACAGCACAGUCAUGACCGAGCUGCAAGGCUUCCGACAGGCGUACGACCAGCUAUGGCAAAGCACCGUCAUCGAGCUCGAAGGCCAGCGAGCGCAAUAUCAGCGCGAGAUGCUCGCGUUGAGCACGCGUUUGACACUGGUGGCAGACGAGCUGGUGUGGCAAAAGCGAAUGGGUAUCGUGCAGUCCACUCUCCUGCUACUUUGCCUGGGUCUCGUGCUCUUCGCGAGACAAGGCAACGGAGUGGUGGACAUGACGCUAGCACAAUCACUCGUGAACCGCUCGCAAGCAGCUCUGAAGGUAGGCUGGGAGAGCGACCCGGCUAGUCCUUCUUCACCAGCGAGCAGGAGUCCGGUAUCGGUGUUGCGACGCAGGAUCUGGCGUAGUAGCACUGAGCCUGUUAGCAAUGUGGCUAGUGAGGAUGAUAGUAGGCCGCAGACUAGAGACGGUGAUGCUGGGCUGGAUAUUGAGGUUGAGCCACCUACACCUCCACGAGAGAACCGGGUGGUCGAUGGGACGUUCGAGGGCUCUGGGGAUGAAGAUUCGGAUGUCGAGAACCAGCCUGCACGGUCUCACAGCAGUCCAGCUGUGCCUGUAAAGUUGUAUGGUGACGCUGGUAAUGGUGUGCGUAGUAGACCUGGGAGCCCAUUGCGGUAUUCAUGA